UAGAAGAAAAACAUUGUGGAUUAUUUUCAGUAUAUGAAGUUUAUAAAUAAAGAACUUUCUCAAAAGUACGACCAAAAUGAGUGAAAAAGGUGUGUUUGGUCCCUUAAAUUUUACUGAGUGCCUUGGAGUUUCGUUUCAAGAGCAGCUAUAUCCAUCAUCAUUCUCUCUGCCAUGUCUAUUCUGCAAUAAAUUGUUCACGCUGUACACAGAAAAAUCAGAAUAUCUUACACAUUUAUAUUUGGAACAUCGAUUAAUUAUUGGCGAUGAAGAUGAUGUUGCUAUAUUACACGAUUAUCUAACAUAUUGGCGUGAAGUCUUUGUUGGCGAUGAUAAAAAAAUUGGAGAAUUCUGUACGACCAUCAUCAUGGAUCAAUUGCCCAGUGGCAAACCAUCAAAAAAUGAAAAAUAUUUUUUGCUUUGUGAUGUCACACCACAGGAUAAUGAAAUAAGACAGAAACUGCGAAGAAAACGCCUGGAACUUGCACUAGCUCAACAUCAAUUCGAAAGAAAAGAUAAUACGUUUGAAAGAAAUUGUUUGUUUUGCCGUGAUAUAAUAAAGUCAACGAGAAAGCAAUUCAUUGAGCAUUUAUUUUCGAAACAUUUUAUGCAAUUGGGAAAGCCAGAAAAUUUAGUUUUCAUUGAUGAACUUAUAAAAACUGUACAACUAAAGUUGGAUAGUUUGAUAUGUAUAUUUUGUGAAAAAAUAUUCAAGGAUCGUUCAACACUUAAAGAACAUAUGCGCAAAAAAGGUCAUAAACGAAUUAAUCCGGAAAACAACUACUAUGAUCGUUUUUUUCUAUCGUUUUAUCAAAAUGAAUCGACUAAUUAUCAGCAGCGAAAAAAAUCACACGCCAAAAGCUAUAAAAACACUGUGGUAAAGGCAUUAAAAAGCAAUAUUGGCAGCGUCUUUGAACGUGAUAGUGAUUCAAAUUGGUCCGACUGGGAAGAAGAAAACCAAGAAGUCACUUUAAUACAUUGUUUGUAUUGUGACAAAAAAAGUGAAGACUUCAUGAAAUUAAAAAAUCAUAUGAAAUUUUCACAUGGAAUUGAUUUUGAUCAACAAACGGAAUCAUUGUCUUUUUAUAAUCGAGUGAAAAUUGUUAAUUUCGUCAGGAGAAAAAUGUACACUUUGGAAUGCAUCAAAUGCAAUGAACGCUGCGAAAACGUAUCGAAACUGAACGAACAUCUUAAGGAAAACAAGCACUACUCUCUUGGAACGGACAAGGAUUGGAAUAUGCCCGAAUAUUUUUUUCCAACAUAUGAAGAUGAUGCUUUUUUAUGCCAUUUAGAUGACUCCAAUAUAGAAGACGAAAAUUAUGUUUCUGUUGACGAAUCGGAUCAUAUCACUAUAUACACAGAGGAUACAACAGUUGCCAUUAAUGUGGAUGCAGAAGCAUUAUCUAAAGAACACUUCCCAAAGUAAAAACAUUUCUAAAUCGAAUAAGUAGAAAAAAAUCAUAUAUACUAACAGUACAGUUGUUAACAAAAUUUUAAAGGAAUGAAAAAAGAGGAGUAUUAAAAUUAUAUCCAAAUAUUUGUUUAAUACUGAAUGAGUUCUGAGCUUUAGAAUAAUAAAAAACAUUCAUUUUUCAUUGCAUUA